AUGCUCAUUUACAUCUUAUUUUUAUUUUUUAUUUUGUGGUCUAUUCGCUUUUACUUUAGAAACAAAAGAGCAAAAGAUUUAAUAAACAAAAUACCUGGACCUCCGACGCUCCCCAUUAUUGGAAAUCUUUUGAUGUUCAACGUUUCUAUUGAAAAUUUAUGGAAUGUUCUACGUGAUCUCAAUAAGCGCUAUUAUCCAAUUACAAAAUUUUGGUUGGGCUUCAUUCCUAUGAUUAGCGUUCAUCAUCCAGACGAUCUAGAGAUUCUGUUAUCUAGUAUGAAGCAUAUCGAUAAAGGUUCUAGUUACAAAUAUCUUCAUCCAUGGUUUAAAACUGGUCUCUUAACAAGCAGCGGGGAAAAAUGGAAGCACCGUCGACAAAUUUUGACUCCAGCAUUUCAUUUUAAUAUUUUAAAGAAGUAUACUAUUAUUACUAACGACAAUAGUAAAAUGUUCAUUCGUAUGCUUAAAACUCAGAAAGACGAAUCAGUUCAUAAUCUUCUAUCACUGUGCUCAAAUUACACCUUAAACACUAUUUGCGAGACGGCAAUGGGAGUAGCUUUGGAUAAAAUAGAUGCAGAAAUAGCAAAGCAAUAUAAAAACGCAGUUAAUGAAGUAGGCAACAUUGUUAUUUAUAGAGCUAUAAGGCCUUAUAUACAGGACUGGAUGUUAAAUCCUCUAAUGCAAAUUGCCCGUAAACAAAAGCAAUCGUUAAAAAUAUUCCGUGAUUUCAGUAAUAAGGUAUUGAUUGAACGAAAAGCACAUAAACAGCUUACUAACGCACCUUUAAAAGAUUUAAAUAAGAGUUCUAAAAGCCAUAACUAUGAAGAUACAUUUUUUGGUGAUCGGAAAAAAUUAGCUAUGCUCGAUCUUUUGUUGGAAGCUGAAAAACGUGGCUUAAUAGAUGACAAUGGAAUCAAAGAAGAAAUCGGAACUUUUAUGCUUGCUGGUCAUGAUACAACUGGAAUGGCCUUGGUUUACGUUAUAAUGCUAUUGGCGGAAAAUUCAGAAUACCAGGACAAAGCUAGAUCUGAAGUAAUUACAAUUCUCAAUAGAAGUAAAGGUGAAAUAAGGAUGGAAGAAAUACGGGAUUUGCAUUAUCUCGAAAGAUGUAUAAAAGAAUCCCUUCGACUUUUCCCCCCAGUUUCGGCCCUUUCUCGUUGUUUAAAAGAAGAUUUAAAACUAAAAGAUUAUGUAAUACCCGCCGGUACAGAAAUAGGAUGCCAUAUCUUUGAUGUUCAUAGGGAUCCAAAUUUUUGGCCAGAGCCAGAGAAAUUCGAUCCCGACCGAUUUCUUCCUGAACGAAUACAAGGACGUCAUCCUUUCUCCUAUAUACCUUUCAGUGCAGGUCCUCGAAAUUGCAUUGGACAAAGAUUUGCUUUGAUGGAGAUGAAAUCUUUAAUGGCUCAUAUUUUGUAUAAUUUCAAAUUAGAACCCGUGAGUCGAACUUCGGAUAUAAAAUUACUAUUGAAUUUAGUAACUCAACCAUCAAAACCAGUACAUACAAGAUUCAUACGAAUUGAUAAUAAUAAUGAACACAUAUAAAAUCACGAACGAGCUGUAUGAUAGUGAUGUAUAAUAUUAAUAAGAUAAUUCAUCUCAUUCCUUUUGUAAUUUCAAUAGCA